AUGUCGGCCACAAAGGUAGCGCUCAUCACGGCCAGCUCAGCCGGUCUGGGUGCGCAGAUUGCGCGCGUGUUUGCGCCGGAUUUUCGAGUCGUAAUCAACUACUCGUCAAACUCGGAACGCGCGCAAUCCCUCCUAAAAGAGCUCAAUGCCAUCCCGAGCACAGCCUCUUCGAGCGAACCACGCUUCCACCUCAUCCAGGCCGACAUGUCCUCGAAACCGUCUGUGGAGAAUCUUGUCAAGGAGGCCCUGGACAAGUUUGGACGUCUCGAUGUUGUGGUGUCGAACGCGGGCUGGACACGCAUGACCACCUUUACCGACAUCGAGCAGCAGGUCAAUGAGGAAGACUGGGACAAGUGCUUCGUCAUGAACGUGAAGACGCAUCUGUGGCUCGCCUACGCGGCCAAGAACGCUCUGGCCGAGACAGAAGGCACCUUCAUCUCCACCGCGUCUGUUGCAGGUGUAAAGCCGAGUGGGUCAAGUGUGCCGUAUGCAGUGACCAAGGCGGCGCAGAUCCAUCUGAUGAAGAGUCUUGCCGUCAUUCUAGCGCCGAAGAUCAGGUGCAACUCGAUAUCGCCUGGUAUGUUGCUCACUGAGUGGGGGCUGAAGUUCCCCGAGACGAAGAGGAACGCGGCCAUCAACAACACGAAGUUGAAGAGGCUAGCCACGGUCGAGGACUGCGCGGACCAGGUGCGAGUGUUGGCGCUGAGCAGGAGUAUUACUGGACAGAACAUCAGCAUCGAUGGCGGGUCGUCCUUGUAG